ACUUCCAACCGGGAGUCAUGGGGGGUUGGAGGGGUCAGAGGGCGGAGGUUACCCGGGGCCGUGCCUCCACCUGCGGACUGCUGCUGCUGGUUCUACUGGUUCUGCUGGGCUGCUGCUGCCGGGCUGAGGAAGAGGUGCUGAUGAACACGAAGCUGGAGACCUCUGACCUGCGGUGGACCAACCAUCCUGCAGAUGACCAGCAGUGGGACGAGUUGAGCGGCUUGGACGAGGACUCCAACAGCGUCCGGACCUUCCAGAUCUGCACCCCGGACAGUCCGUCCUCCUAUUGGCUGAGGACGCGCUGGAUCCCCCGGCAGGCGGCGACCACGCUCUAUGUGGAGAUCCGGUUCACCAUGAUGGAGUGUGCUGCGAUAAACCAGCGCCACUGCAAGGAGACCUUUAACCUUUACUAUUACCAGGCUGACAGCGACGAGGCCACGCCCACCCACCCUGCCUGGAUGGAGAACCCCUACAGCAAGGUGUCCACCAUUGCCGCCGACCACCUGCUGCGGCGCGGCGGCGAGCGGCGCUCCAACGUCAAGCUGCUGCGACUGGAGGGGCUUCAGGGGGCGGGGCUUUACCUGGCCUUCCAGAGCCAGGGCACCUGCAUGGCGCUGCUCUCUGUACGUGUCUUCUUCAGGAAGUGCCCGCCCCUCCGCCGCGCAUUUGCCUCCUUUCCCGAAACAAUCCCCCACUCACUGGUGGAGCAGGCUCAGGGGGUGUGUGUGGAGAACGCUGUGACUCCACCCGGCGAGAACUCCCAGCUUCCCAGCAUGCUUUGUGGCGAGGACGGACAGUGGGUGGGGCAGCCCACAUCCAACUGUGCCUGUCGCCCCGGAUACGAGGCCGGAGACGGUGACGAGCGCUGCAGAGCCUGUCCAUCAGGUCACUUCAAGGUGGGAUCAGGAAGUGGAGGCUGCACUUCCUGUCCAGACAAAAGCAACACAAGGAUCCCAGGCUCUGCCUACUGCCCCUGUCUGCCGGGUUACGACCGGGCCGACUCUGACCCACCGCACGCAGCCUGCACACGCCCCCCAUCGGCCCCCCGCCACCCGGUCUGUCAGCUCAACGACACCAUGGUCACUCUGGAGUGGAGGGAACCUCUGGACCGAGGAGGACGGGGAGACCUCAGCUACAGGCUGCUCUGCUCCGACUGUGGAGCUGCUGGUGCUGCUGGUGCUGCUAGGGCAUUGGUCGGAUCCUGUUCCCCCUGUGAUGACAGCAUCCUGUACCGCCCCUCUCAGUCUGGCCUGACUCAGCCCCGCAUCAUCAUCUGGGGGCUCCGCCCACAAACCAACUACAUCUUCACUAUCCAAUCACUGAAUGCUGUGUCUGCUGUCAGCCAAUCAGAGCCAGCCUCCAUCAAGAUCAACAUCACCACCAACAGAGAUGUCCCUCCCCCAAUAUCAGGUCUAAAGAGGGUAGCAGCCUCAGAGAACAGCCUGUCCAUGAAGUGGAACCCACCAGUUCUGCAGAACCAGCACCAGGUCCUGGAGUACCAGCUGCGUUACAGACGACUCGACGACAGGGAGGGUCUGUGGGAGUACCUGCCUAGCAAGUCUUCCUCUGUGGUUCUGACAGGCCUGCAGCGGGCCACUCAGUACCAGGUCCAGGUCCGGGCUCAGUCUCAGGCGGGAUACGGAUCAUUCAGCGCUUUAAGCAGCUUCAGCACACUGCCUGAUGGUGCAGCCCACUCUCAGCUGGUGAUCACUGCUGUCCUGGUCUCCAUGGCGAUGCUGCUGCUGGUCGCCGCGGUUACAGCCGGAUUCAUCUGCUACCGGAAGAGACGGCGGCGCUCACCCCGGACCGAUAAGGCUGGGCACUACCAGAUGGGACAGACGAUGAAGGUCUACAUCGACCCGUUUACCUACGAGGAUCCAAACGAGGCUGUCAGAGAGUUCGCCAAGGAGAUCGACGCCUCCUUCGUUAAGAUAGAAGAAGUGAUCGGAGCAGGUGAGUUUGGAGAGGUGUGUCGUGGUCGGCUGAGGAUCCCCGGCAGGAAAGAGAACUAUGUCGCCAUCAAGACCCUGAAGGGCGGUUACACAGAGAAGCAGAGGCGGGACUUCCUUUCUGAAGCGUCCAUCAUGGGUCAGUUCCAGCACCCCAAUAUCAUCCACCUGGAAGGUGUCAUCACCACUUCCUGUCCAGUCAUGAUCCUGACCGAGUUCAUGGAGAACGGAGCGCUCGACAGCUUCCUGAGGAUGAAUGACGGUCAGUUCACCACCAUCCAGCUGGUGGGGAUGCUUCGUGGCAUCGCUGCAGGAAUGAAGUAUCUGUCAGACAUGAGCUUCGUCCACAGGGACCUUGCUGCUCGUAACAUCCUGGUUAACUCCAACCUGGUCUGUAAGGUUUCAGAUUUUGGUCUCAGCAGGUUUCUGACAGAGAACUCCUCAGACCCAACCUACACCAGCUCUCUGGGAGGGAAGAUUCCCAUCAGAUGGACGGCUCCUGAAGCCAUCGCCUACAGGAAGUUCACAUCAGCCAGCGACGUGUGGAGUUACGGCAUCGUUAUGUGGGAAGUGAUGUCAUACGGAGAGCGGCCGUACUGGGACAUGAGCAACCAGGAUGUGAUAAACGCCAUCGAGCAGGACUACCGUCUUCCGCCACCACCUGACUGCCCCGCCUCCCUGCACGCGCUCAUGCUGGACUGCUGGCAGAAGGAGCGGGCCAACCGCCCUCGGUUCUGCGACAUCGUAGGAGGUUUGGACCGGCUGAUCCGAAACCCCGCCUCCCUGAAGAUGACGCACCCAGAGCUGUUGAGUCCAUCCCAGCCCCUGUUGGACCAGCGGGUCCCCCCUCCUCUGUCAGCCUGUGGUUCUGUCUCUGAGUGGCUCCGAGCCAUAAAGAUGGAGCGGUACGAGCAGAGCUUCCUGCAGGCCGGGUUCACCAAUCUGGACGUCAUUUCACAGCUCAACACCGAAGACCUGCUCAGAGUGGGCGUCACCCUCGCUGGUCAUCAGAAGAAAAUCCUCUCCUCCAUCCAGACACUCCGAAUACACAAAGCCACGCCCACUCUGCUUUACUGACCAAUCACAGCUCUGCCCUUCUGCCAAAGCUACACCUGUCAGGAUAAAGCUGACUCCGCCCACUGAACCCAGAUCCCAAAGUUCUGACCUGAAAAAGCAAUAAAUACCAUCAUUACAUUAACAUGUACUGUUCUGGAAGUUCAGGUGCUGCUAGACUCCGCCCUCUAACCUAUUACAACCAAUCACCGCCAAGAAUUCCAUUCGCCUUCAGGUGCCAUUCUGGUCAACACUCAGGACUAUCUCCAACCAGCCAAUGAGUUGCUCAGGAAAACUGAAGUCCCACCUAUCUGCACCUGAUUGGAUGUAUUUAGAUCAAGGCGUGGCACGCAGCCGGGAUCGACCAAUCAGCUCCCAGCACAACAAUGUUGGAGAAUAAUCAAUUAUCUGGUUGGACACUAAGAGGCUCUGUCCUCCAAUAAGGUGCUUCUGAGGUUACUAAGCCCCGACCUCUGUAUGGAAGCAGAGUUCUGAUUGGUUUCUCGUGGGUUCUGCUGGAAACACAGAACAGGCUGGAAAAUUUAGAUCCGAAAAGUAA